UCUAUAAUCUUUAUAACAUCGAUAUUCUUCUCUCGAAUUUGAUUUCAUCAAAUGGGUUUCUCGUUUUACGCUUCGAUUUGAAUCUAUAAUCUUUAUAACGUUGACAUUCUUCUCUCAAAUUGGAUUUCAUCAAAUGGGUAUUUGUUUUUUUGAUUCGAUUCAACUUUAAGAUCAAAACUCAAAAGUGGGUUUAUGUUGAUUGUAUCCAAAACAGUGAGAUUAUGGGGAUUGAUUUAGUGGAAGGAUAUUGAUAUUGCAAUUUGUGUGUGUAACAGUAGGGUUUACCAAGAGUAUUGUGAAGCAAUGAGUGGGCUGUCCUUGGGCAUAAUGGAGCUAUUGGGGAAGAGCCUUGGAGUAGAAGAACAAUACUUCAAAAACUUCUUCAAAGACAAUGAUUCCAUAAUGAGAUUGAACUUCUACCCGCCAUGCCAAAAGCCCCAUCUCACCUUAGGCACUGGCCCUCACUGCGACCCAACCUCCUUGACCAUCCUCCACCAAGACCAAGUCGGUGGCUUACAAGUGUUCGUCGACAACCAAUGGAGACUCAUCACCCCCAACUUCGACGCUUUCGUCGUCAACAUCGGCGACACAUUCAUGGCGCUAUCGAAUGGGAGAUACAAGAGCUGCUUGCAUAGAGCGGUGGUGAAUAGCGAAAGAACAAGGAAAUCUUUGGCGUUCUUUUUGUGUCCAAGAAAUGAUAAAGUGGUGAGGCCACCAAGGGAGUUGGUGGACACUCAGAACCCACGAAGAUAUCCAGAUUUUACGUGGUCGAUGCUCCUCCGGUUCACUCAGACCCAUUACCGAGCCGAUAUGAAAACCCUCGAAGCUUUCUCGGCUUGGCUUCAACAACAACAACAAGAACAACAACAAGAACAACAAGAACAGCAAUUUAAUAUUUAAUUUUAACAACACUUUUCCUCGCCUGAGGAAAAUCGUUUCUAUUUUCUUUCUUUUUCUUUCAAUCGAAAGACAAAGGAAAAGUUG